UAACAUCACGUGAUACUCCCGGUGUUUUAUUAUGGCCUCCUUUUAAUCUCUCGACUGUCUCGAGCACAUUCCAUUUAAAAUGUCUCGAGCUAAAGUGUAUAUAGUAGUGGGGAUUGGACUGGCUCUGCUGCUGCUAGUUAUUUUUUAUGAAACAGGUACUAAUAAUGUUGUGAAAAGGAAUAUUACUUAUCUCAGAGUGCCUCACAUAAUGACACUGGCUACUGACAGGCCACCAGCUGCUAAUCUAACUACCACCGUUCAACCAACAGUCAAUACUAAUGAUAAUGAGAAUCCAUCAUCAGUUUCCAGCCCCAUCACUACUCCAGCUGGUUCCACUCCCACAAGUCAUACUUCAUCAGUUCAGUCUCCAUCAGAUAUCCCGUAUAUUGAUCCAAGAACACUCAAUGAAUCAGGAUUCAUAGAAUACAGUUUAGGUGUGUCUCCAUUAUCUGACAUGAAGUUAGUGGGUCAUAGAGUACCUGAGAAGAUACUCAUUCCUGUUGAUAUCAGUGAUAUUUUCAUUUCUGUCAAAACUUCUUCACUCAAUGCUUACAGGCAGCAAACUGUCUUUCUGACAUGGGCCCAAACUGUACCUAUAGACCAAAUAUCCUUUACAACAGAUAAAGCCACCAAUUGGACUGAUGCUUUUGCAGCUCAUGGUUACAAGAUAAACACUGCUCCUCACUGUGGGCUGGGCCACACUGAUUAUUCUUUAUGCUGCAAGAGCGGGGUGGAGUAUGACCAGUUUUAUAAAGCAAUUGAAGCUGGGAGGAACUUCAGCUGGAUGUGUCAUAUUGAUGAUGAUGAAUACAUGAAUGUCUGGAAAUUGAAGAGAAUGUUAAUAAAAUAUGAUCCUAACAAGCCAUGGUAUAUUGGAAAGAGCCAUCAUGAAUACUGGAAGUUGAAUCCUUCAAAUAGUGGCAACUUUCCUGAAGCAAAAAGAAAAAUAUACAAAUUCAACACUGGCAAUGUUUAUUGCUUGAGUAAACAGAUUAUGAAAGAAACUGAGAAAUAUUUCAGAGGCCGUAACUUUAUCAAAACUUGUGAGAAAGCUCAUUGGAUUGAUGAUGUAACCAUAGCAAUAGUAAUUGUUGCUGUGUUAGGCUAUGAACCAACAGAAGAGAAACAGAUGUGGUCCCAUUAUGAAGUACUUGACCAACUACCUAAAUCAGAAUCAUUAAAAAUGAUUAACUUUGGCUAUGGUAAGCUUGAGUUUGGAUUUCAUGGCAGAUGGAACACUUCAUUAAACUUACCUAACCCUCGCUUCUCUUACAAUGCUGAUCCUACAAGAUUUCUCUCCUAUCAUUGUAUGAUGUAUCCUAAACUAAAAUGGUGUCAAUAAUGAUAAUAUUUAUUUUUUAUCAUAAUUAACUGGUUUCUAUUAAUUAUUAUUAAUUUUAAGUGAUAACUGAAAUAUACAAUGCA